UUUUCGAAUUCGGGGACUGUCGUGGUUCACCGUAAACUAUCGAAAACCAAUUGUUCACUCAAUUUUACAUUCGAAGAUGGCGCCAAAUACGAAAUAUUUCAAAAUGUCCAUCGUCAACUGUACGUGAUUAUAGAGAACGGUGAAGUCUUUUUAUCCAAGAUUGUGUUUCAUUAUCAUGGGUACAUCCUCUGUAUCAACCCCAACGUUAAUAAGAAGAUCACAACUGUCCGUUUCAUCACCUUCAACGCCAAUUGAUUUUCUUUCACCAACUAGCCAGUUAAGACGCAACCGUCCCAUACUUUUAUCAACGCAGUCACAAAACGGUGUACUUGCUGAAAAUGAUGAUGCUACCGAGAAACAGCAAAGACAGAAGUCCAGGGUGAAUGCUUUGGUUGUACAAAGCCCCGUAUUAUCACCAAAGUGUACAAGUCGACUAACGCCAAAUGAAAGGUCUGUUUUCGCUCCAAGUUCUCAGACGAGACUUACUAACGUGCAAUUAAAGGAACUCUACUCAAGUUGUUUAAAACUAUCUACUGAAAAUAAAAUCAAUUCAAAGAAUGCAUUUGGUCUUCAACUCAUUGAUUACAUGCAAGAGUUUUUAACUGAUAUGAAUAAAGACCAAGGAAUGACAAACUUUCAGAUAGCCAGCUGUACUUUGGAUGCUGGGGCGAAGAUCUAUGCAGGUAGAGUUGACUCAAUCCAUGCACAAGCUUACAAAAUGUUAGGAGGUUUGGUAAGAACUGAGAAUCCAAACGAAGAUGGUGAAGAUAUGGUCGAUGUUGUUGGUCAACAAAAUAAUGGUGAUGAUAAUACUUCCAGAAAAAGAAAGACGCAAAAGUCAGCCAAGAUCAUUGAAUUGAACUUGAGCAACAUAAACACGGAUCAAUUUGAUCUUUGCUUUGAAAUUGAUCCAUUGUUUCAAAAGUUAUCAACAACCUUUGAUGAAGGCAGCACAAGUAGUUUGCUGUUGAACCAUCUUGGUCGUCGUGAUGAUUUAUGUGAAACAUUGUUCGACUCAAAAACAGUUCAAUUUAUACAUGCACCAGUAGACUACAGUAUUUGUGGAACAUCAGACAUUGUUGAUUCAUCAGAUAUGCGCAUGCGUAUACUAUCUUUGAGUACCCGUAUUUGUCCGCAGUACGAAGACUUUAGUUUCACAGAUGUGGAGGCGACAAGUGAAACGUGCACAUCUGAUCACACAAAUGAAAGCGUCUUUGAUAUUAAUGCUCCAGCAACAUAUGAAUCAGCCAAUGAAGUUGACGAUAUGGAACAUGAUGACUGUGAUGACGUUAUUAACAAUGAUGUUUGUAACUUAGACAAUGUUCCCGAUAACACCAUAAACAUAUCUGAUAAUUUACUGGGUUUUGCCGAUGGUCAAGAGGCUCAAUUUCUGGCACCAGGACAAGCAAGAUGUGCGAACGCUCUCACAAGAAGUGACAAUGAUUUGGGUACCUUUAUGUUGUCCAUACAAUCGGCAGAAAAUGCCGAAAAUGAGUAUUCUUAUAGUGGCCUACCAAUGUGGGCUGGACCCGUUCAAUGGAAACACAGAGCUCAAUUUGAUGCUCUCAAAGGUUUGAAUAAAGUAGGCGCAGAGAAGAAGACAAAGACGCCUAGAAAAAAAGCGUUUCGUAUUGACUUUGACGAAAGUCAUGAUUUUAAUAAACUAUUUUCCAAAGCAAAGGGAUCAACGGUGUUAUCAAAGACAACGAUUGAUAAACAUUCUUCCGAAGUCAAGACUCUUCCUGAUGAUCUGCAUUAUGAAAUGAGCAGUUUGGUGAAACUGUUCCUAAAGAGUAAACUUAUGGUUCGUCGUCAAUUUGGAGCUCAACCAACAAUGACUUAUGAGGAAAAUGCUGAGAAUUGGUACAAUUACGAAAAUGAAAACGACUGUGCGAACUUUUGCCCAGCGGAUGCACAGGAUGAUGAUGACGAGGUUUUUGAAACUGGUUCAGGUCCAGGUUUCAAUGAUUCUUCCUCUCAAGAGAUGACUCAGGUGUCAGGUUUGUCUAGCAAUGACACUUUCUUUCAUGGAGAUAAUCUUGUCUCUCAACCAAAUAAGGUACAAAAGAUUGAGAUUGCAUAUUCUAAAACAGCUAAGAAGAUUGAUGUUAAGAAAGUGAAGAAAGCAAUGUGGGAUAUUGUGAUGUCAAGUACAUCACUGGAAGAUAAGGAAAACUUGCCUGAAAACCAUGGCUGUGAAGAAAGUGUUGUUAAAGAGAGUGUUGUAAAACCUUGUAGAUUUACUAUGUUGAACAACACAAUUCCUGACAAAAUCUCAAAACAAAUGGCAAAAAAUCUUUCUGUUCCCAUUGCAUUUGUUUGUUUGCUUCAUUUAACCAAUGAAAAGAAUUUGAAGCUUGAAGGCAAAACAUCAAUGGAUGAUUUUAUGAUAUUGCAAGAGUAACGUGAAACAUGAUAAAGCUAUGUGAAAUACACAAAUAUAAAAUUAUUCUUCAUAGUUAAUGAAUUACUUUUAACAUUGUAAAUACAUUUAUUGGCUAGUAUAAGGUAGGUCAUCUUUUAGUUUGAUUGUUCUAAAUUAUAUUAACAAUCAGAUUUUA